AUGUCAACACAACGAAAGGCAUAUAAGAAUCAACUGAAAAGAUUCAAUAGUAAUAAGGAAACUACUUCUCCAGAAUUAUCAAAUUUGGUUGAAAUGUUUCCUGAUUGGGAACAAGAUGAAUUACAAAGUUUAUUAUCUGAACAUCAAAAUUCAUUAGAAAUCGUUAUUGAUUUAAUUGUUAAUAAUAAAGUAUCCAAAUGGGAACCUAUUAAAAAGGAUAAACAUAAAAAGAAGGAACACAACAAAGAAGAUGAACUAACUUCUUCAAUGACAUCAUCUACUUCAAGAGAUUCUUCAAAUUCAAAUAAACCUUAUAAUAAAUCAAGAGGCGGUGCUGCAUCUUCUUCAUCUAGACCUCCAAGAAAACCUUACAACAAAAGAGACAAACCUGCUGCAUCUUCGUCUGCUCCAGCUACUGCCGGUUCUAUAGCUUCUUCCGCAUCCCCUGCCCCACAACAACAACAACAACAACAAGAGACUAACUCUUGGGCAUCUGCUUUAUCUAACGACAAGCCUGUAUUGCAUAAGGAAGAACCACAACAAGAGGAACAAGCACAAGAAGUUGAAGAACAAAAUGAAGAACCUCAACAAGAAGAACAAGAACAACAACCAGAAGAAACUCAAGAAGAACAACCUGCUGAAGAACAAGAAGAAUCAAAGGAAACUGCUGCACCAAUAGAACCUAAACCUGUAUUAAAACAAGCAGCUAUUCCAGUACCAAUGCAUGGAUCUUGGGCUGCUGCAAUUGCUCCUCCAAAACCAAAACCAAAGGCUAGAGCUCCACCAAAGGAAAAGCCAGUCGAAGUCGCUCCUCCUGCUCCAGUUCAAGAAGAAGUAGAAGAAGUUGUUUCCGCACCAGUUGAACAAGAAGAAGAAGUUGCUCCAGUUCAAGAAGAAGUUGAACAACAAGAAGAAAAAGUAGAAGAACAACCAGCUGCUCCAGUUACUGCCCCAGAAGUUGUUGAACAACAAGUCCCAGUCGAAGCUGCUGUUGCCUCUUCUGCUCCAAUUCAACCUCAAGUUGUUUUACCAACUACUCAACAACAACUCAACUCCGUCGGUAUUUCUUUUGGUUCUUUAGCAUUAGGUGAUGAUGAAACUACUGUUGAAGCACCAGCUGCUGCCCCAGUUGAACAAACCAAGGAAGAAGUUGAACAACAACAACAAGCUCAACAAGCCGCCCAACACCAAGCCCAACAACAACAACCUCAACAACAACAACGUUAUGGAUUAUAUAACCAACAACAACAAAAUAGAUAUCAACAAAAUGUUUACCAACAACAACAAGGUGGUUAUAGUAAACAACAACAAGCACAACAAGUCCAACCAUCUCAAUACGAUUACUACAGUCAAUUUCAACAACAACAAUACCCACAACAAGCUGCUCAAACCUUACCAGGUGCUCAGUUUGCUGGAUAUCCAGGUAUUGAUGCUUAUAGUGCCUACAAUCAACAAGUAUUAGGUGGAGUUGCUUCUCCAGCCGCUUCUCAUAGUGCUACUUAUGGAUAUGGACAAUUUGGUCAACAACAACAACCAGGACAACAACAACCAGGUCAAUCUGGUCAACAAGGUCAAACUGCCACUGGUUCUUCUGCUGGUGCCGACUCUCAAUCUCCAAUUGCCAAUCAAACUGCAUUACAACAACAACAAGCUGCUGCUGCCGCUGCAGCCUUGCAGCAACAGCAACAAAUGCCAACUCCAUUUGGAUAUCCAUACUACUACAACUAUUACAACACUCCAUAUUUCGCUGCUGCUCAACAACAAGGUGCUCAAGGUGGUCAACAAGCCCAACAACCCCAACAACAACAAGCCGCUGCUGCUGGAUAUCAAACCGCUUCUCCACAACAAGCUAAUCAACAAACUCAAAGCGCUGUAGCUGCUUCUGCUCAACAAGCCCAACAACCUCAACAACAAGGUCAGAACGGGUUCAGUUCAAGUGUUGGUGGUCAAUACUACAACCCAUCCCAAUUCAAUAACAGAUAUCCGGGAUAUAGUUAUCCUCCACCACCACAAGAAGGUGAAGCACAACAACAAGGACAACAGCAACAAGCUGCUCAAGGACAACAACAGGCUGCUCAAGGACAAGCUGGACAAGCUGGACAACAACCUAUUCCUCAACAACCUAUGAUGCCUCAAUAUGGUGCCUAUCAACAAUAUCCCCAAUAUGGUUAUCAAGAUUCUGCACAAUAUCGUGCUUGGUAUUAG